UCCACAACUGCUCGAUGAUCCAUUAGUGGGGUCUCUUCAUCGUCCGCUCCUGAAGCGUUGGCGCUGUGUGAGAGAGAGAUACAAGCCGCGGAGAGUUAGAAGCGACGCCGGAGAUGUCUACCGCCCUCGAGAGCUACAUCAACCGGACUGUGGCCAUCAUUACAUCGGAUGGACGAAUGAUUGUGGGAACGUUAAAGGGAUUUGACCAGACAAUCAACCUCAUCCUUGAUGAAAGCCACGAGCGUGUAUUCAGCUCCUCCCAGGGAGUGGAGCAGGUCGUGCUGGGACUGUACAUUGUUAGAGGAGAUAAUGUAGCUGUGAUUGGUGAAAUCGAUGAGGAAACAGACUCCGCUCUGGACCUUGGCAACAUACGGGCAGAACCACUUAACUCUGUGGUGCACUAACUUUCCCCCAGGCACACAAGUAGAGUGUGCAAAGGAAAAGACUCUUUCCAUUGAGGUUAACCAAGAAAUGUAUCCAAAGUGGGCCCUCCUUCAUCUCGACUGAACACCAUACCCAUGGAUCACCUGGUGGAGCAGAAGCGUUUUCGUUUUGCUUUUGCUUUUUUUUUUUCUUUUUUAAUCUGUAGAGAAUAGAUUUAAUGCUUAGCUUUUUUAUGUGUCUGGAAAUAGAGAAAAUAAAGUGUGAAAGCCUU